AUGAUUUUUGGUUGUAUAUGGGCAUUAUGCGCCUAUUUUAGGAUGUGUCUUGCUGCUAUAUAUGUUUUUUAUACGUCAAAAGCGAUGUCAUCAUAUAAGAUUGAUGCGUUCAUUGAUAACCUUCUUUUGCAGUGGUUCCUAACUAUUGAAGUGUCAGCGGCUUUAAUAUACUGCGACAGGGCAUGCUAUCUCCUUGACGAGGAGGGGCGUCGUGUUGUUCCGUUGGAUUGUGUUACUAAUAAUAAGCGGCGAGUCUUCAGCAGCAAGCAGCGCAAAGAUGUCAGUAUCAGUAUAGUUAAGAGUAUCAAAUAUGCCCUGUAG